UUCAUUAACGUGACAACACGGAAAAGAAAGGUGAGAACCGCAUUUGAAAGGACCAACGCAGGUCUAGUCGAUACAGUUUUCAUCAUUAAAGGAAGUUUCAAAGAAUUUCUUUGAAUUCAUUAAAAUGAAUGGACUGCUCAAUACCAUAAUCCCAAAUCCCAAGGCCCUGUUUUUGAAUAAGGAAGAAACAACAACAACCAACCAAAAAUAACUGUCUGGGAACAGAACCAGUCCGUAUGAUGGCUUUUGAAAGAUGGUGGCUGCUGGCCUGUUUUUUGUUACUAGCGUGUCGCUGCUACGGGCAAUACAGCUGUCUUAACAGGACCGUAAUGAACGUGAUUCUGUUGGAGGAUGACUUCUCCCCUUGGAGCAUAAAGUUAGUGGGUCGCGGCGUGGAAAGAGCAAUCGCACUGGAUUCUGAACUGAACGAUAGUGAAGAGCACAAUCUUACUUUUACUGAAAAUGGAUUUGAGACUGACUUGUACUGGCGAAAGGGCUGCAGCAGUAGCGCAUGCGAAGGGGUGCAGACACUCAAAAACCUAACUUUUUCAGACAAGUUGGGUUGUGUUCUGCUUGGUCCCACCUGUACCUAUGCUACUUUCCAGAUGGUGGAUCUGGAGAUUGGGCUGGAUCUCAACAUACCCAUCAUUUCAGCGGGGAGCUUCGGUCUUUCAUGUGACUACAAGGCUAACCUGACGCGUGUGCUACCGCCCGCGCGCAAGGUCUCCAACUUCUUCUUAGAGUUCUGGCACUACAAGGACGAUAUCAAGCCCAAGUGGACCGAAACAUUUCUCUACAAGAAGGAAAAUAACACAGAAGACUGCUUCUGGUAUAUCAAUGCACUUGAUGCAGACUCUGCCUACUUCGCCUCAAACGUUUCAAGGACAGUUUUACGCAGCAUUAGCGAUGUCCGAAAGCAAAUAAACUCAAAAUCCAGAAAAAGCAAUUUGUUCAUAGUAUGUGGAACGCCAGAUGACAUUGUGGAACUGAAAACUGGGAGCACGUGGGCCGAUAGUGAAACUCUCUUUCUCCUCAUCGAUCUGUAUAAUGAUCACUACUACACAAACAAGCAGUCUGUCGAAGCCAUGAAGAAUGUAUUAGUGUUGACCAUGCCAAACACCAGGAACUACACCAUAGGCACGAGUGACAAUUUCACAAUGAACGACUAUGUAGCAGCAUACCAUGACACCGUGCUGCUAGUUGGUCAGGUGAUGAGGAACAUCAGGAACACAUCAGGAUCAUCGUAUGAACUGCUGAACAUGGAGUUUGUCAACAUCAACCACUUCAGGGAAGUCUCCUUUGAUGGUCUCGCGGGUCACUAUAAGAUUGAUGAAUAUGGAGACAGAGAUGUGAAUUUCUCAGUCAUCUACACCACCACAGACAACAAGUAUGAAACUCUGUAUAUCUUUGACACCACAAACAAUGGCACCAGUAGAGAAGAAAAAAACCCUUCCUUUAUUUGGGCCAACGGCCUUCCGGAGGAGUCUCCGCUCCCGUCCCCAGGUCUCAAGCCGCAAGACAUCAUCAUGAUCAUUCUGGCGGUCAUUGUGGUAGUGGUGUCUUGCAUCGCCUUCAUCUUCUACAGACAGAAUAAGAGAAAUCGCAAGAUGAGAAAGCGCUGGGCUCACAUCCCCUCUGACCUGAUCUCUCUACUGGACCAAAAUGAACGUAGUCUGGUGUCUCUCAAGAUUGAAGAAGACCAGAGGAAAGACCUCAAAAUCCGACGGGCUCGCUAUGAUAAAAAGGUCGUGACUCUGAAGGAACUGAAACACUCCGACGGGAACUUCAAUGAGAGCCAGAGGAUUGAACUCAACAGUCUUCUGCAAAUAGACUACUACAACCUGACCAAGUUCUAUGGCACUGUCAAAUGUGAAGAAGGGGUGUUUGGGGUGUUUGAGUAUGGGGAGAGAGGUUCCCUUAGGUAUGUCUUGAAUGAUAAGAUCUCCUAUCCGGAGCAGACCUUCAUGGACUGGGAGUUUAAGAUCUCCGUCAUGUACGACAUCGCCAAGGGCAUGUCUUACCUCCACGCCAGUGAUAUCCAGGUGCAUGGUCGCCUCAAGUCCACUAACUGUGUGGUGGACAACCGCAUGGUUGUUAAGAUCACAGACUUCGGCUGCAACACCAUCCUUUAUCCUGGCAGAGACCUAUGGACAGCCCCAGAGCACCUGAGAAGACAGGGCAUUUCUCAGAAGGGAGAUGUCUACAGCUUUGCUAUCAUUGCCCAAGAGAUUGUCUUCAGGAAAAGCACCUUCUAUACAGAGGCCUGCUCAAAUCGUGCAGAGAAACUCGACAGAGUACAGUAUUAUAGCAUUCCAUUAUGCUUCAGACCUGAUCUCAACUUCGAGACCACGGUAGAGAAAGAGCUUGAGGUGUUCCUGCUAAUAAAGAACUGCUGGGAUGAGGAUCCAGAGAAGAGACCAGACUUCAAGAAGAUUGAGAGUUCUCUGGGAAAGAUAUUUAGUGCUCUUCACAACCAAGCCAAUGAGAGCUACAUGGACAACCUAAUCCGUCGUCUGCAGAUGUACUCCAAGAAUUUGGAGAACUUGGUGGAGGAAAGAACUGCCCUGUACAAGGCUGAGAGAGACAGGGCGGACCGCCUCAACUUCAUGCUGCUCCCAGGGCCAGUGGUGCGCUCCCUGAAAGAGACAGGGGUGGUGAAGCCUGAGCUGUUUGAUGAGGUCACGGUGUACUUCAGUGACAUUGUGGGCUUCACCACGCUGUGCUACUACAGCACUCCCAUGGAGGUAGUGGACAUGCUCAAUGACAUCUACAAGAGCUUCGACAGUAUCCUUGACCACCACGACGUCUACAAGGUGGAGACAAUAGGCGAUGCCUACAUGGUAGCAUCUGGGUUGCCUCGACGAAACGGUGCCCGGCACGCAGUAGACAUCUCGCGCAUGGCACUGGACAUCGUCGAGUUCAUGGGCACCUUCGAGCUUCGACAUCUGCCAGGUCUGCCUGUGUGGAUUCGCAUUGGCAUCCACUCAGGUCCCUGUGCAGCCGGAGUAGUGGGGAUAAAGAUGCCCAGAUACUGCCUGUUUGGAGACACUGUUAACACAGCCUCUCGUAUGGAGUCUACAGGCCACCCCCUGAGGAUCCAUGUCAGUCAGCCGACCAUCAACAUCCUGAGGAGGACAAACUGCAAGUUUGAGUACGAGGCCAGAGGAGAGACCUACCUGAAGGGUAAAGGCACUGAGAUGACCUACUGGUUGACAGGUGAAACAGGGAAAGACUACAACCUCCCCACACCUCCUACAGCAGAGAACUUCCAGCGUCUGCAGCAAGACCUGGCCCAGAUGAUCCAGGAAUGUCUGGAUAAGCGAUCUCUGGGGUCGGAGGUCAUGAUGAAGAGGAAGACCCUCUCCAUGAGGCAUAAGAAGAUGGAGAAGGAGAGUGAGCAGGUGGAGGACGAGGACCAGCCAGAGCCUGAGUACCUCCACCUGGCCACGGGCAACCACUGCACCACCUUUCUGUAGUGAUGUCACUCAUCCAUAGUCAAACGAAUGAUCACUAAAAUGGAAAAUGUUGCACAGCCAAUAAGAGUCGUCUGAAAGAUUAUUUGAAAUUAAAGACACCAUUUAGCGAUCACUGGUUUUAAAAAGAAAGGACAUUCAAAACUUUAUUUCUGUGAUUAUCAUAUCUUUGAUUUUCAUUUACAUCUAUAACAUCAUAGGUUCUUUACAUAAAGUAGAAAUCAUGUCAAUGUUCGUAUGAAGUCAACAACAUUGUUUCUGUGAGUUGUAAAAGUAUAGCUGAGGCAAUACAAUUCUAGUGUCACACAUCUGAGGAGUCCUGUUAUGUAGCGUCAAUAACACACUGUGUCAUGUUAUGGCAUGUCUGUAAUGUCCAUGGGAGUGGAUUUAGGCCACUUCUGAAGGUUUUAAGAGGGAAGCUCUUACAUAAUACCAGUAUAGG